AUGAAAUACUUUAAUCCUCUCAUCCUCUUCUCCGCUCUCACCCUUGCCCCAUCUGCAUUGGCGGGUCCUUUUACCUACGGAGUUUGUCAAACGGGGUGUAACGUCGUGACUGUCGCAUGCUACGCCGCGGCCGGAUUUACGUUUGGUACCGUAGCAGCUGCGGGGGCCCCUGCGGUCAUUGUUGCGUGCAACAGUGCCCUCGGAACCUGCUCUGCGGGUUGUGCAGCACUUCUCGUCACUCCCACUCCCUGA